CUUCAAGUUCAACGAUCCUAAUUUUCUCUAAUCUUUAUAGCUUGCCAAUUACCAAUUUAUAAAGACAGAAAAAAUGUCAUCAGAAAUAACAAAAGAGUUGCUGGAAUCUGAAACCUCUGGCGUUCUGAAAACGGAGCUCACUUUAGGUUUGCCCGGCGAUUCGCUAGUUCAGAAGUCUGGUAUAAAGCGUGGAUUUUCCGACGUCGAUCUGAAGCUGGCGAACUAUGACCAAGCUGAAUCACAACCUCCUCCCCAGGCUCAGGUUGUGGGAUGGCCUCCAGUGAGAUCAUACAGGAAGAACUUGAUAAAAAAUUGCAAAUACGUGAAAGUAGGCGUAGAUGGGGCUCCAUAUUUAAGAAAAAUUGAUCUGGAAAUACACAGUAGCUACCAGGAUUUGUUGACUGCAAUGGGAGAUAUGUUUACAUGCUUAACCAUAUGUAAUGUGUUGAAUGAGAGGAAACUCAUGGACUCUGCAAAUGGUGAAGAGUACGUGCCAACUUAUGAGGACAAAGAUGGAGAUUGGAUGUUAGUUGGAGAUGUCCCUUGGAAAAUGUUUGUUGAAUCAUGUAAGAGACUGAGGUUGAUGACAAGCUCUGAGGCAAUUGGAUUGGGUGCAGCAGCUCCAAGUACACCUUCAAAGGGCUCAAGUACGAGCUGUUAAAAGAAGUGAUUCUGGGAAUCCAUGGCUGAGCGACUGUACAGACCUUCACUUUCAUUUUUGAAGAAUUAUACAUGCUCUAGAGUUUACGGUUACUUAAAUUUACGAAUAUUUAAAUAAAAACGUGUCUGUAGUUUUUUA